CCGCGUGGCAACGGUAAUCGAAAGCGGUAUCGGUCAACAGUAACGGCACUGUUUAUCGGAAAAUGUGACGGAAUAUUGGCGGGAUUGUGCGUGUUAUAUUUUGUUUAUUUUAGUUUUCAUGUUGAUAAAGUAAUGAAAAGGUCUUUAUCAAAAACAGUGACAAGAUGAACAGAUUUUUUAAGAUGAUGGUGUUGAAAUAAAAGUUUUACAUAUUCCAACCGACAAUAACUUUCCUUGUUAAUAAAAGUGAGAUACCUAAUAGGUAUAAUCCAACCCAUCUAAUGAGUGACUAACCAUUUUGCGCAACGAUGUCUUCCGGCGAGUGGGACCUGCGGGCGCUGAAAGCGCUCGAGGAAGAGGAGCAGCGCGAGUUCCUGGCCCUCAGCCAGAGGAACCUCUUCGAUCCGCUGCCGAAUCCCACCGGCGAUGCGGCCAGUGCGAAGCCAUCGCUUACCUACGCCCAGUUGCAUCCGCACCUGCUGAAGUUGCCGACGAUCGAUGAGUGCCAACUGAUGGCCGUGAAGCAGCAAAGGUCAGCGGCCCUGCGAUUCAGCCGUGCUCUUUCCCUGUCCGCCCACUCGCUCACCUCGCGAACCGGAAGCGGUAUGGCCACCGGAAGCGGAAAUGGCCUUGGCCUCGGUCGGAAAUUGAAGGCCCGCUUGGUGGGCGCCAAAUCCAGUGGUUCGCUGUCGCCCGGUCGCCAUUCGCACAGCUACAGUGUGUCCCCGGUAUACACACCGCCGCCCAUGCGAAGAUGUGCCACCCUGCAUCACACGCAACCGGUUCGCAAGGCCUUCAAGAAUCUCCAGCAGCUGCAGGAGCGGAAGCGCCAGGCGGCCGGAAGUCACCUACAAAGGAUCGCUGGCACUGGAAAAACCUACUGGAAGUACGGAGUCAACUCGACGGCUGCCUCGAUAGUGGGCCAACGAGCCCGCCAAACGCAACAGAUCGAAGUGGAGGACUGCAACGGGUCGGACGAAGUGAAUUCGGAGCCACAGGAAAUCUCCGAAGCGGAAACGGGAUCCUGCAGCGUGCCCCUGCCCUCGAAGGACACCAAUGAAAUACUGCGUCUGAUGCUCAGUGCGGCCAGUUCGGCGGUCACGGUGACCCCGACGGCGGCGGCCAUUGGAAACGGCAGCGUGACCGGAGCAACUGGUGGCGGCCUGCCAGGGCGACGAUACCAGAACGCCAGCGACGCUGAGGAGGACGAAACUGUUGCGUACGAAGCUUUCCACCAGGCAUCCACCAAAAGCUUCGAGCGCGGCGCUCUCUUGCGAGUCGGCAGUUUAACAGUGCAAGAGAGCGAUAACGGUAAAGCCAAUGCAAUGAGUCCACAUAACAGUCCUGGUCGCGAAACGCAAUCCACAACGGCGGGUUCGGUGGGCAGGCGGAUGUUCAAGUCCUCCUCUUUGGAUUGGCCCGGGGAAUCACAGCAGCAUCAGCAGCAGCAUCAGCAACAUAAACCACAGACCCAUCAGCAACAUCUAAGCCAGCAGCAACAUCAGACUGCAAAUCAACUGGAGCUGGUCGAACCGACAAAGGAUAAUCGAUUCCGGCAGCGGGAUCACUGGGAACUCGACCACGUCCACUUCCAUCACGAGGCACUCGGACAUCUAGCCACCAACGGCGCCACCGUCAUCGAUGACGAACUGGAGCAGCAUAUCAAGCACUGUUCCUGCUCCUGCAAUCACAUGGGCUACGGCAACUCAAUGGACUAUCAGACGACUGGGUUCGGGGGAUUGCCCGACGUCACCGAGCACUCAAACAUCCGCCGCACACUGUCCCGCCAGAACUCGAUCUCGAACAGCGAUUCCGGCGGCGAGAUAGCCAGCAUCCAGAAGUCAAAGGUAAACUUUGGCAAUCCUUUGGCGGGGGGCGUGGUUGUGGGCGGCGACAUAGUGGGUCUGGACGCCAAGUCGCCCACAUCGCUCAGUUCGGCGGCGGGAGCCGGUGCCUCCGCGAAGGCGAAGGGAAAGGCCGCGAGAAAAGCGAACGCCGGAGCGGACGGCGGGCAGAAGGGGCGGAGGGGCUCCUGGCUGGUGGCCCUCACACUGGUCAGCGCCAUCUGCCUGCUGGCCAUCGCCGCCACCCUGGCCUACCAGCACUUCCUCAUGGCGCCGAGCCGAAAUUCGCACGCCCAAAGACUGAGAAUCGUCCGGCGCAUCCUGCGCGAGGUGCCGCUGGUCGACGGGCACAACAACUAUGCCUGGAAUGUACGGAAGUACGCCCACAGCAGCCUGGAGCUGCACCUCAGCCACGACGUCGACCACAAGUCGCUGUGGGCGCGGCCGGCGUGGGCGCAAACGGACAUGGAGCGACUGAAACAGGGACUGGUCAGCGUUCAAGUGUGGUCAGCAUAUGUGCCGUGCGAGGCGCAGGGUUUGGACGCGGUCCAGCUGGCGCUGGAGCAGAUCGACAUAGUGCGGCGCCUGUCGGACAUGUAUGCCCGGGAGACGGUGUUGGCCACCUCCUCGCAGGACAUUGUGGAGGCUCACCGCCGGGGCCUGCUGGCCUCGCUGAUUGGGGUGGAGGGGGGCCACACCAUUGGGUCCUCCUUGGGGGUCCUUCGCUCCUUCUACUCCCUGGGAGCACGCUAUCUCAGCCUGACCCAUCGCUGCGACGUGUCGUGGGCGGGAUCGAGUGCCUCGUCGGCGGAGCAGGGACUCACGCCCUUCGGCAAGGCCAUUGUGCGUGAGAUGAACCGGCUGGGCAUGAUGAUCGACCUGUCGCACAGCUCGGAUGCCACCGCCAGGGAUGUGCUCCAGGUGACCCGGGCCCCGGUCAUUUUCUCCCACUCCGCCGCCCGCCAGCUGUGCAACUCGACACGGAACGUGCCGGACGACAUCCUGCGCCUGGUGGCCGAGAACGGCGGCCUGAUCAUGCUGAGCUUCGACUCCGAGGACGUGGCUUGCGGACGACAGGCCCGCCUCCAGGACGUGAUCGAGCACAUCAAGUAUGUGCGGGCCAUUGCCGGCAUCCAACACAUUGGCCUGGGCGCCGGAUACGAUGGCAUCGAGCUGCCGCCCCUGGGACUCGAGGAUGUGUCCAAAUACCCGGAGCUGCUGGCCGCCCUGCUGGAGGAUCACAACUGGAGCGAAGAGGAUGUGGCCAUGCUGGCGGGCAGGAACUUCCUGCGCAUCAUGGAGACGGUGGAGACGGUGCGGGACUACUGGAAGCGGGCGGCCAUCCAGCCCAUCGAACAGACGGAGCCGCAGCCCAAGACGCAGUGCACCUACAUGUCCUCGUGACCGCAGGCGCAGGCGGUGAGGCAGCGGCGGGAUGAGCCGCCCACGGAGCGGGCCAAUCGCACCACCGCAUCGCUGGCGGGGGCGGACUUCUGGAACCGCAGUCCCGAAUCGAAGGACUCCGCCUCCAACCACUCGAAUCCUGCGGUCAUCGCGGCCUCGGCCACCAGUUUUACGGUCAGCGAACUGCUCCAGUGAAAUGCUUUGGAUGGCAAUUCAAUGUAAGGGAUUUUGGUUGCUGGCGGUUCGGUUUGCAGGGGAUAGAGAGCGGGUAAUAAAUCAAUGAUCAUUAAUCAAAAUAUCGAUCAAGUGCAGGGCAACAUUUAAAGCUGAAGUAUUUAAAAAUCCAAAUGUCAUUUAAAUUACACAAUAAUAUUAAUUUGAAACCAAUAAAUUGAUACUUUUGAGAGUCUAUGUCAAAGAGAUAAUUUUUAUUCGCAUCCGAUAGGAAUAAAUAAACUUAAAAUCAGAUAUUAUAUAUUUGUAUUCUUUAUUUUCAAUAUCUUAAAAUGUUUUUUAUGAAAAAGCUUAAAGUAAAAGGCAAAAUUAUUUAAUUUUCUUAAAAAUUGCUUAGUGUGUGGCAAAUAAAGAUGGUGGUUUUUUACCAUCAAUAAAUAACUAAACAUGUAUAUACAUUUUUGUAUUGUUUCGUGCAACUGUAGAGUAAGAUGUUUUUAGCUAAGAAGUUAGCCUGCCUGAACCUCUUGUCGCCAUUACUCGCUCUCAGCUGAAAUAGUAAACAACUGUCGUGUCGACCCUCGUGAAUAAUUAGUGUGUACUCGUAAUAUACUUCCAAAGGAUGCAUUGAUAGGCGUAUGAAUAAAUAAUAAUAAUAAUAAAUAUACUAGUAUUUAGCCCAUAAUUGUUUACAGCUAUACUUAUUGGUGUUGUGGCUAUGCAUUAUUUAUGCACAGUGCGGAUACUUAUUGAUGUUGCUGUACCACAGGGCGUAUGCGCGACGCAGCUAACUCUGAACUGCGAACCGAACCGCAAACCAAAACAUUUCUUGGCUUGUCUGUGACUGUAUUAUAUAUUAAUAUGUAGGGCACACACAUCAAUGAUUCACGCUAAUAGUCGCAAUUAAGCGCAAUAUAUUUAAUUAAAAACAUCACAAAGACACUCGAGUAUAAAUCAUCAAAAUUAAUUAAUUGCAGCAGAUUUCCCACAGUUGGCAUUAACGUUAGGCUCAAAAGUCAAACAAAACGCACUACAUAAUCGGUCGAAAGCACAGCCUCCUGGCGAAUGCAAUUAAAAAUACAUUUUCACCCUGGUUGCAUGUGAAUCCAUCUUAAUUUCUGUACUAGGUUAGUUACAAAGAAAAAACAAAAUUAAAAAAAAAAAACAAUACACGAAUUGUUGUUCGUAUAUGCAUAGCUACAUAUAUACCACACAAAAAAAGAAAUAAAAUUAAAAUUCCAGCAAAAGCAAAGCGUGUAAUCGAAUAGAGAGAAACGCAUUUCCAUAAAAAUAAAUCGAAAGUAAAAAAAUCGUGCUGU